AUGGCGACCAUCGCAGCUCGGACAGCCGUUCCCACAGCAGCGCUCACCGCCAGCAGAGCAGCUUCCGCUGCUUCCGCCUCCAGCUUCGCCCGCUCCGUCGUCCCCGCGCCUCUCCCCGCUCCCCUCUCCGCCGCUCCCCGCGGGGGUCGCACCCACCUCCUCCGCUGCCGCGCUGCUGCUGUCGAGGACGGAGCUGUGAAGGAGUUGGCGGUUGAGGCGGAGGAGCUGAGCAAUGGCGCAGCUGUGGCCGCGCCGACAGUGGACGAGGUGCAGUCGCUGCUGAUGGAGCUCUGCGACGAGACUCACAUCGCCGAGCUUAAGGUCAAGGUCGGCGCCUUCACCCUGCACGUCAAGAGGGACGUGGACGGCAGCAUCGGGCAUGCCGUGGCUGCUGCUGAAGCCUCCGCCGCGGCCGCCGCGGCCCCUGUGGUGUACGCUGCGCCAGUGCCCGCCUUCCCCAUGGCGGAGUCCCUCCCUGCCGCGGAGCCCGUGGCGGAGGUGGCAGCUGAGCCUGAGAAACCCAAGGACGAGGGCCUCGUUUAUGUCACGUCGCCCCGGGUGGGCAUCAUGCGACGUGGCAAGCUGUACAAGGGCAAGCACGGCCGGCCAAUUGUGCUCGAGGGAGCAGUGGUGAAGAAGGGGCAAGCCAUGUGCUUCCUGGAGCAGCUCGGCACCAACCUCACGAUCGAGACGGAGCAUGCGGGCACAGUGGUAGAUUUUCUGGUGGAGGAUGGAGUCCCUGUGGGCUACGGCUCCAACGUCACAGCGCCCACGCGCCGCUCCACCCGCCGGGUCAGCGCCCCCCCCGCUCACCAGGCAGCGCCGCGCGCUCUGCUGGCCGCGUGGACAGCACCGGCGAGCAUGCUGCACGCGGAGCAGCCCAUGCCUUUCCCCCUUGCCCAUGCCUUUCCCCCCUUGCCCAUGCCUUUCCCCAAUGCCCGUCCCUUUCCCCCUUGCCCAUGCCUUUCCCCCUUGCCCAUGCCUUUCCGCCUUGCCCAUGCCUUUCCGCCUUGCCCAUGCCUUUCCCCCUUGCCCAUGCCUUUCCCCCUUGCCCAUGCCUAUCCGCCUUGCCCAUGCCUAUCCGCCUUGCCCAUGCCUAUCCGCCUUGCCCAUGCCUAUCCCCCUUGCCCAUGCCUAUCCCCCUUGCCCAUGCCUUUCCCCCUAGCCCAUGCCUUUCCCCCUUGCCCAUGCCUUUCCCCCUUGCCCAUGCCUUUCCGCCUUGCCCGUCCCUUUCCCCCUUUGCCCAUGCCUAUCCGCCUUGCCCAUGCCUAUCCGCCUUGCCCAUGCCUAUCCCCCUUGCCCAUGCCUUUCCCCCUAGCCCAUGCCUUUCCCCCUUGCCCAUGCCUUUCCCCCCUUGCCCAUGCCUUUCCCCAUUGCCCGUCCCUUUCCCCCUUUGCCCAUGCCUAUCCGCCUUGCCCAUUCCUUUCCCCCUUGCCCAUGCCUUUCCCCCUUGCCCAUGCCUUUCCCCAAUGCCCGUCCCUUUCCCCCUUGCCCAUGCCUUUCCCCCUUGCCCAUGCCUUUCCGCCUUGCCCAUGCCUUUCCGCCUUGCCCAUGCCUUUCCCCCUUGCCCAUGCCUUUCCCCCUUGCCCAUGCCUAUCCGCCUUGCCCAUGCCUAUCCGCCUUGCCCAUGCCUAUCCGCCUUGCCCAUGCCUAUCCCCCUUGCCCAUGCCUAUCCCCCUUGCCCAUGCCUUUCCCCCUAGCCCAUGCCUUUCCCCCUUGCCCAUGCCUUUCCCCCUUGCCCAUGCCUUUCCCCCUUGCCCAUGCCUAUCCCCUUUGCCCAUGCCUUUCCCCCUAGCCCAUGCCUUUCCCCCUAGCCCAUGCCUUUCCCCCUUGCCCAUGCCUUUCCCCCCUUGCCCAUGCCUUUCCCCAUUGCCCGUCCCUUUCCCCCUUUGCCCAUGCCUAUCCGCCUUGCCCAUGCCUUUCCCCCCUUGCCCAUGCCUAUCCCCCUUGCCCAUGCCUAUCCCCCUUGCCCAUGCCUAUCCCCCUUGCCCAUGCCUUUCCCCCUUGCCCAUGCCUUUCCCCCUUGCCCAUGCCUUUCCGCCUUGCCCAUGCCUUUCCCCCAUUGCUCACCUCCUCCCCUCCCCUCCCUCUUCCGUGGGCAGCUACGUUGAGGGAGAGCCAACGGACGUCCCCAGCCGUCCCAUGCGCUUUGCCGUGUUUGGGCUGGGCAAUCAGCAGUACGAGCACUUCAACCUGAUGGGCAACAUGCUUGACACGCGCCUCGCUGCUCUAGCUGGUGGGCUACGUCUCAUCGGCACUGAUUGGCAAAAGUUCUUGGGUUUCGGCAACCAGGUGCAGGGCAGGGAUGGAGGAAGGACAUGGUCCGCCUUAUCAUUGUCACUCGCGCCCCACAUCCCUCCCCUCAUGCCACCCCCUUCCCCUCCACCAUCCCACAUCCCUCCCCUCAUGCCACCACCCCAUUCUUCCACUUUAUUCUCCUAA